GCAGUAACUGGUAUGUGGAUCCAAUAUAUUUGGAUCCAAGAUAUCUUACACAUGUGAGUUCUAGUUAGUAUAAAAUGAUUGACUUUGGUUCACAAGUUGGGAAUCUGCCAGAUUCAUGACCUGGAUGUACUUAAGGGAUAAUGUCCGAUAAGCCGUUGUUUGGAGGCUAUAUUGGCACCGGUGUUGGCCGGAUUAACGUGCCAAUAUAUCCUCCAAACACCGGCUUCGAGGGCAUUAUCACUUUUAUACAACGGGGUUACCAACCUAUUCAAAUAAUGAUUGACAUAUUUUAAUUCAACGUUAAUUUGAUUAAUUUAGUCAUACUAUUUCAUCCUUCCACAUGAUAUAGUCCCGACACAAAUAUAGGUUGCUAUCCAAGCCGGCUGGUAGUUCGUUCUAUUGGUUCGGUUACCAGAGACGCGACCCAGUCGUUCAGUCUUUUUGUUCUGUAUCUAUGGACGCGACCCAGUCGUUCGUUCUAAAUCAGGGGUGUCAAACUCAUUUUAGCUCAGGGGCCACAUGGAGGAAAAUCUAUUCCCAAGUGGGCCGGACCGGAAAAAUCAUGGUAUAUAUAACUUAAAAACAACAACUUCAGAUUGUUUUCUUUGUUUUAAUACGAUCAACAUACAACAUAAAGCUGGAGCCUGAGGACAGUGUGUCCAAAAUAGUACAAGCACAACAUCACUAUUAAUCAUAAAACACGUGAAGUUUAUUUGAAAAUUCUAAAGAAAAAGAACACACAAACACACAAUGCCUCAGUGAUUAACAGAACUGUUUCACAGAUCACAGAACUAUAUCAGGGUGUCAUUUCUCAGGCAGAAAUGUAGAUAAAAAUAAUGAAAUCCUGUUCCCCAAACAAGUGCAAGAACCACCGAGUCAAGAAUAGGUUAAAUAUACAAAUAAAAUAAAAUCAAUUAAAAACAAUAGCACAUCAACAUAAAAACAUAUAAACAUAAAGCUGGAGCCUGAGGACAGUGUCCAAAAGCACAACAUCACUAUUAAUCAUAAAACACCUCAAGUUAUUUGAAAGUUCUGAGGACAAAGAACACACAAACACACAAUGCCUCAGUGAUUCACAGAAGUAUAUCACAGAUCACAGAACUAUAUCAGGGUGUCAUUUCUCAGGCAGAAAUGUAGAUAAAAAUAAUGAAAUCCUGUUCCCCAAACAAGUGCAAGAACCACAGAGUCAAGAAUAGGUUAAAUAUACAAAUCAAAUCAAAUCAAUUAAAAACAAUAGCACAUCAACAUAAACACAUAUAAACAUAAAGCUGGAGCCUGAGGACAGUGUCCAAAAGCACAACAUCACUAUUAAUCAUAAAACACCUCAAGUUAUUUGAAAGUUCUGAGGACAAAGAACACACAAACACACAAUGCCUCAGUGAUUCACAGAAGUAUAUCACAGAUCACAGAACUAUAUCAGGGUGUCAUUUCUCAGGCAGAAAUGUAGAUAAAAAUAAUGAAAUCCUGUUCCCCAAACAAGUGCAAGAACCACAGAGUCAAGAAUAGGUUAAAUAUACAAAUAAAAUAAAAUCAAUUAAAAACAAUAGCACAUCAACAUAAAAACAUAUAAACAUAAAUCUGAAAGCGUUGCUCAAACUCCCGUAACAGUCCAGUUAUUUUAUCUUUGAACCGCUUCAUGUCUGCCACAUGUUGGGUCGCGCACACAUUUUUCAGACAGGGGAAGUGAGCUGCAUCACCACCGGCAAGUUGCGUCUCCCACAAUGACAGCUUCAACUUGAAAGAACGUAUGCUGUCAUAAUACUGCGUGACAACUUUGUUGCGCCCUUGCAGCUGUUUGUUCAAGUUAUUCAGGUGCUCUGUAACAUCCACCAUAAAUGCAAGGUCCGGCAUCCAUUCUGCGGAAUGAAAUUCUAACACUGGUUUGCCCUUUUCUUCCAUGAACUGUUCAAUUUCUUCUCGUAAAUCAAAGAAACGCCUCAGCACAGCACCUCGGCUUAACCAUCUUACCUCAGUGUGGUAUGGCAGGCCAUAGAUGUGGUCUUUCUCUCUGAGAAGGCUGUCAAACUGACGGUGAUUCAGGCUUCUGGAUCGGAUGAAAUUAACAGUUUGGAUGACCACCUUCAUGACGUUAUCCAUCUUUAAUGACUUGCAACACAAAGCCUCCUGGUGCAAAAUACAGUGAAAAGUCAAAAAAUCACGUCCUCCAUUUGCAGAUUGCACUUUCUCUCUGAACUUUGUCACAACGCCUGCUUUUUUCCCGAUCAUUGAGGGCGCACCAUCUGUAGCCAGGCUGACAGCGCGGGACCCGUCCACUCCGACCCUGUCCAGCGUGCCGACGAGUGCGGUAAAAAUAUCAGCUGCUGUCGUUGUAUCUGUCAUCGGCACCAACUCCACGAACUCCUCGGUGACGGUCAAUGUGUCAUCAACUCCGCGGAUGAAAAAAUGGCCAGUUGUGCAACAUCUGUAAUGUCCGUGCUUUCAUCAAUUGCAACCGAAAACGCAAUAAAUGACUUUACUUUUUGCUUCAACUGGCUGUCCAAAUCCACUGAAAGAUCGGAAAUCCUGUCUGCAACUGUGUUUCUUGUCAGGCUGAUAUUUGCAAAAGCCUGCCGCUUUUCAGGGCACACAAUCUCCGCUGCCUUCAUCAUGCAUAUUUUUACAAAUUCACCCUCACUAAAUGGUUUUGAAGCCACUGCGAUUUCAUUAGCAAUGGGGUAGCUAGCUUUCACUGCAGCGUCACUGAUGUCUCGGCUGUGAGUAAACACAGACUGCUGUUUCUUCAGACCCGCCAACAGUUCAUUCACCUUCUCUCAUCUCCGCUGUCCUUGAAAGUUGUCAUAUUUGUCGGCAUUAAGACUCACAUAGUGGCGACGAAGGUUAUAUUCUUUCAGCACUGCAACAUGCUCUGAACACACCAAACAUACAGCUUUCCCAUUCAAUUCCGUGAUUAAAUAGGAUGACCAUUUUUCUUGGUACACUCUGCACUCUGCGUCCACUUUUCUCUUUUUUGACAGAGACAUAUUGGGGCAAUGAGGGUGCCAAAGCACAUAAUGUUAAAAGUAGAAGCCGUAAUAAAUAUCGCGGGCAAAACAAAGUAGCUCAUUGGCUGCAUGUGCUUGACCUACUUGCUCUGCCCCGGUAUAAACAGUUUGCUUGCUUAACAAAAUUGCUAUUGCGCCAUCCAGUGGACGCAAUUGGAACAGCAGUUUAUUUUAUUGAAAAAUUGCAGCGCAUUUUUAUACUUAAAUUAUUAUUAUUAUUAUUAUUUUUUUCAAAAUCAUCUCGCGGGCCGGAUUAAACCCGUUUGCGGGCCUGAUCCGGCCCGCGGGCCGUACGUUUGACACCCCUGUUCUAAAUGUUCCAUUGCCAUACAGGCUGGCAACGUUCUUAUCCCUUGCUUGCUAGCUAGCUAGCCAACUACGGCUAAUUUACAGCCACGUCAAAAAGAAUAACAACAGUAGCUGCAUUUGUUUAAGCUGUUUUCUAAUGACAUUUAUUUGGAUACAUCCAUAACAAUGAGCUAAUGAGGCGCGAUUUCGACUUGGCAUAGAAAAUGUGCUCUCUCGUCAGGACACUGUUGUUCAGAGGAGCUAGCCAACAACCCAGCUAACACAAUCACUUCAAACACUGAAGCUGUAAAGACUGCAAAAUAUCUAUACUUUGUUUCGUUUGACCCUUUUCAAUUGACAUUUCUUUAUAUAUAUCCAUUAAAAUGAUGCCAGCAGAUUCAUGAUUUCGACUGGCUGAGAAACGCUGUCUGCCUGUCUGUCUCCCGACCACUACACGUUCAUGACCAUCUGACAGCUGGAGAUCGAAUUUGAAUAUUUAAACAAUGUUACAAAUGUCGGAGAGACAGACAGCACGCUGUUGAAAACUAAGUGUUAUUCUAAAAGAAAUGUGAGAAAUUGUCUAGAUGCUUUUUAUAGUGGAGAUCAAAUGUAUAAUUUGCCUGGCUGGGUUGAUGAGACAGUGGAUUGCGCAGUCAGAUGGAACAGAGUAAAUAAGCAUUUUAAUUUCAUAGAUUUAGCGGGUGGUAAUUUGUGGAAUAGACACCGGUUGCGAUGCGCUUUUAACCAAUCAGUAUUCAGGAUUAGACACCCGUUGUAUAAAAUACAACAAUUACUUCUAAUAUUCCAACAGGACCCUGGUGAUUUCAUUUUACCGUCUGGUGCCAACAAAACCAGAGGCCGAUUUGAACUUUUUUUCACCAUCGGAGGCUGUUGUAUUACAUGUGACAUCUUGUUUUGUCACUUACUCUCGCUCUUGAAGCCUGUAUGAAAUGUAAAAUAUAAUUGUGUAAAACAAGUUGAUUGUUUUGCUUCUCAGGUGCUGCGUUUGGAGCUCUCAACGGGCUCCACAUGGGACUGUCAGAGACCAAAAACAUGGCUUUGUCUAAACCAACCAGCUUUUCACAAAGUAAUGGUAUUUUGGAGGCUGUGAUUAAGUUGGAUCUCCUUCAUAAAUUAUUUUUGGUUUUGAGACACAAAGCAGAUUGAGUUAUAUUAAUCUCAAUCCCUUUUUCAGUAGAAUUUAAUUACUCAUUCAGGUAUCAACCAGCAGAGGACAGUCUUUACCCAUUUGUUCAGUGUGAGUCAAAAUAUUUCAGUUGGCUAGUUGAUAAGUCUCCAAUUUGUCAUGCCCUCCAUUAUGAUUGGGGUGGUACAAUGAUUUCAAGGGUUCCAUUUGAACUUUCUAAAUAUAUUUAAAUGUAUCUAUAUGGGUAAUAAUGUUUAAGCAGCAGUCAGGAUUUUGGCCCAACUCAAUCUUCUUAUAGGUUGCUUGAGCAAUCUGCAAUCUUUAUUGAUUCAGUAAUAACUCCAAAAGGAUAACCACCUGAAAGGUUAGUCUUGUCUUGCCAUUACAGAUAUGAGGUCAUGAUUUGGGACUUAAAUCUAAUCAAAGUAUACUUUGCGCCACACAAAAAAGAAAAGCUAAAUCAUCUGCAUACAUAAUCUGACCACAGGAGGCUGCUGAGGGGAGGACGGCUCAUAAUACUGUCUGGAACGGCGCAAAUGGAAUGGCAUCAAACACAUGGAAACCAUAUUUUUGAUGUAUUUGAUACCAUUCCACUAAUUCCUCUCCAGCCAUUAAUUGGGCCUGUCCUCCCCAAUUAAGGUUCCACCAACCUCCUGUGAAUCUGACUUGACAUGGUAUGACAUUAAUCCAUGAUUAAGUCAUAGUGAGGAUCUCACUCUGAUCCAAAUGUAAACUACUGAUAGGAUCAGACCACUGCUAGAGAGAGUGGGAGAAGCACUGAAUUAUACACAUUUAAAUUAGCUGAAAUUGAUUCUCACCAAACCUUUUAGCUGAACUUAUAAUGCUGAUAUGCAGUACAUCGUUUUCCCCAAUCAGUAUCAGUAAUAACACAUGGUUCCAUGGAAACUAGAUAUAGUAGGCCUAUAUGGUGUGGUUGUGUUGUAAACCCCUACUACACUGUUGCUUUCACUGAGAUUUUGUCACGCUCACCCAUUGCCAUUGAAUGACCCUGUACUCGAACACACCUGUGUUGACAUGCCUGACUUCUCAGUGCUGUAACACAGCUGAGGAUGUCAAGGGUGCUGUCAAGGCCCAAAAACCUAGCUGUCCCUGCCAAGGGAGGAGGAGGGCAAAGUCUGCCUUGGCCACGGGUACAUUGUGUUCACUGUGUAAUGCUGGCUACAGUUGGAAUAUUGGUUUGACCAGGGUCAUUAUUUUUCAGCUGAUCACUGUUAGAAGAUAGCACUGCACAACAUGCCACUGUCUGUCUAUCUUACUGUUAGUGAAUGUCUAAAGCUGAAUCAGAUAAAUCAUGAAGGUACAGCAGCCAAAUUACAUUAUGAUCUGACAGGCUGUUCACACUUGGCCUGAUGAUCUCAUCCACUCAAGGAUAGCAGUUUUGAUAAAGGAUUUCCAUAUAAACUGAAGCAAGUCUUGUCUGGCGAUGCAGCAGGCAUGUAUCAGUUUUUCAAAUAUGCAGCACUUUUUCUAGAACCCCUAACUGUAAAUCAACCCUUGUAUCACAUUGAAGUUGGGGGAGUCUUUGUGUUUACACUGUAGAUGUCUGUGUUUAAUGGAUAUUAUAUCCUUCCUCACUUGCCCUCUGUUUUAGGAUCCUGAAUUUGGUGACCCGCCAAGGAGCGACAUGGGCGAACACACGUGGGUGAGUGCCCGUCAUUCCCCACCGGUGGAUUGACGCAGAUGUAAUUUCAGCAGUGCAACACAUUGGUAUAUUGUUGUUUCUAUUGAGACAAUGUGACAUUAAUUCACCUGUAUGCUUGUGUGUCCUCAGCUCUGUGGAGUGUGUUUUGGGUGGCCAUCGAGAAGACCCAAGGAGCAGAGGAUGACAUCAACACUGUUGCUGCCGGGACCAUGACAGGCAUGCUGUACAAGUCCACA